CGGCAACGAUCCAAUGCCUGUCUGACCUCGUCAGUCUAUAUCGGCCGCUGAUAGUCUUUCUCAUGGAGACGAAGGUCCGGUGCUUGCGUGCAAAGGAGAUACUACGCUCAAAGGGCUUCACCAAUUCGGAGGGGACGGAUAGUGCUGGCCGGAGUGGAGGAUUAAUCAUGGCAUGGAAUGAUGAAGUUGAGAUGGAGGUCAAGGAUAACAACCCCAAUUUUAUCGACGGAAGAGUUGUUUUGCGGAGCAGCGCUGUUCCUUGGAGACUAACUGGCUUCUAUGGCUUUCCUGAGACAGUCCGGC